GAUGAUGAUGAUGAUGAUGAUAAUGAUGAUGAUGAUGAUGAUGAUGGCGAUAUUGAUGAUGAGGAUGAUUAUGAUGCUGAUGUUGAUGAUGAUGAUGAUGAGGAUGAUUAUGACCAUGAUGAUGAGGAUGACUAUGAUGCUGAUGAUGAUGAUGAUCCGGAUGAUGAUGAUCCGGAUGAUGAUGAUGAUGAUGAUCACGAUGAUGAUGAUGAUGAUGAAGAUGAUGAUGAUGAUGAUGAUAAUGAUGAUGAUGAUAAUGAUCCGGAUGAUGAUGAUGAUUAUGAUGAUGAUGCUGAUGAUAAUGACCAUGAUGAUGAUGAUGAUGAUGAUGAUGAUGAUGAUGAUGAUGAUGAUGAUGAUGACGUGGAUGAUUAUGACGAUGAGGACGAUGAUGAAGAUGAUGAUGAUGAUUCGGAUUAUGAAGUUAAUUUGGAUGAUGAAGAUAAUUUGGAUGAUGAGGAUGAUGAUGAUGAUGACGAUGAUGAAGCUGAGGAUGAUCAUUACGAUGAUGUAGAUGAAUCGGAAGCUGAAUCAAAUGAUAAUGAUUAUGAUCAGGAUGAUGACCAUAAUGAUGAUGACGAUGAUGACGAUAAUGAUGAUGACGCUGAUGAUGAUGAUGAUAAACAUCAUCGUGUUCAUCUACGUCCUCAUCGUCAUCACGAUAUGCAUCAUCCGAAUCAUCAUCGUCAUCAUCAUUAUCAUCAUCAUCAUCAUUACAAUCAUCAAAAUACACGUCGUCAUCAUCAUCUUAAACGUCAUCAUCAUCAUCAUGAUCAACCAUCAUCAUAA